AUGUCUCCAGCAACCCCGCCACCGUCCCGCUCCAACACCCCUUCACCGCCGUCCUCUCGCUCCAGCACCCCUUCACCGCCGUCCUCCCGCUCCAGCACCCCGUCACCCUCACCCUCACGCUCCAGCACCCCUCCACCACCAGAUUCACCCUCCCGCUCCAGCACGCCUCCACCCCCAGUCCCCGAUGAAUACGAGCAGCAAAUCCCCCGGAUAUCGAUCCCUUCUCCUCCCUACGCCGCCCACAACGCCCUCCUUGCUACCCCCGACGACUCCAGCAAGCGCCCCUACACCCUCCCCACCCUCCACUCCGGCACCACCAUCAUCUCCUUCCUCACGGAGGAGUUCUCCGUCAACCGUAUCAACACGAUUGUCCGCCACCUCUGGCUCGUCGGGCCCUUCAUCCCAGAGCGCCCUCUCCACCGCCAACUCAUAGCCGGGCGCGAGAUCAUUGUCGCCGAAAAGAUCGACCUCCACCUCUGCUGGGAGGGCAAACAGCUCUACCUCAAACCCAUCCCGGCGUUUCUCCUCCACCACGACUUCUUCGAAGAGUACAUCUGCACCGCGCCGAGCGAAGACGCGAGAUCGGAUCUCUAUGCGAGCGCCUGCGGCUUCCUAAAGUCAUACACAAAGCUCAUCCGCCACGAGAGCGACCUCGAGAUUGCAAAGGACAAGAAACUCAUCCCGUCCAGCGUGACCUGGGAGCAAUGGUGCGCCUUCUCCGCCGACAUCGAGGCCAGCACCUCGGUCAUGAUCCUGAGCCAGCGGUACGACUACGGCGAGCUGCGGCUGACGCGGCUGAACCUGCUGUACGAGAUGUGCGUGCACGAGCCGUUCCACUUGGGCGACAACCGCUACAAGUUCCUGUUCGACACGAUCAGCUUCGAGUGGCUGCUGUUUGCGUUUGUGUACUUCACGGUCGUGCUGACGGCGAUGCAGGCGGUGCUUGCGACGGAGUAUGGCGCGGGGAGUGCCGGCGUGCAGAGGGUGUCGUUUGGGUUUGGCGUGUUUGUGUUGGCGAUGGCAGGGGUGUCGUGGGCGGUGAUGGGCGGUUUUAUGGUCUUGAGGGUGUAUGUGUUCUUUUUUAGUGAGACGUGGAUUGGCAGGCAGCAGUAUAGGAUCUAUUAUGUGGACCGCAUUAUGGAGGGGCUCUUUCGGUGGGGGAAUUGA